UUCUGCUCGUGUGUGUGUGUGUGUGUGUGUGUGUGGAGGGCCUCGACACACUGACGGAUGAUGAUGGACAGAGAAGACAAGACAGCAAACUUCCACAGACUCCUAUCAGAGGAGAGCUGCAGCUCGGAUGUGUCCAGCGACUCGUGUGAAUACUAUCAGACGGAGAUAUUCGGGCUGUUGCCGAGCUCACAGGCUCAUCGACGGCCGCACGCAGACGCCGUCACACAGCAUCCCGGCGAGGGUCUCGGCACGGCCAGAGUCUCCUGGAACCCCAGUGUCCCGCUCAGAGCUCGACCUGUCUGUCUGCAGGGCAAGAGAGACAUCAGAGAGAGGCAGCAUGUGCAGAGACGCAGCAUUGGCUACUGGGACUCGUGGAGGCGGAGCCAGCAAACCACAAGGCGGCGCUUAAAGGAGCAUGUGGGCGGGGCCCUGUCAGGACUGUUGCCAUGGAGACACGCGAUUCAUAAGAUCGAAGGCCAGUUUGGUGUCGGGGUGAAGGCGUACUUUGUGUUUCUGCGGUAUUUGCUGUGGUUGAACCUGCUUUACUGCGUGAUCAUCGCCGGCUCUGUGCUGACGCCAACGCUGGUGUUCAGGCAGGACUCAGGCCAUCCAAAAAAAAUCUUUGGAUAUAAAGACAUUUUUGUCGGAUCAGGUGUUCUUGAAAACUCUCCAGUGUUUCAUAGUUUCUACACUCGUGGGUCUCUAGAUUUGGCCUGUUUAAACACUCCACUCCUCUUUCUACUUGGCAUGAUCUCUGUCCUCUUUCUCAGCAUCAUCAUGGUGGUCCGCAGGACGGUUGUGGGAUACAAACACUCGUGGCUCACUGGAAACCGCCUCAGUUCAAACCUGAGCUACAAGGUUUUCUGUGGGUGGGAUUUCAGUAUUCAGGACUCGCAAGCAGCAACACUGAAACAAAACUUCAUCAGAAACGAACUGAAGAUGGAUCUAGAAGAGCAGAAGUUUCACGAGCGGGUCCAGCGGCGAUCGCUCAGACUCUGGGUUCGGCUCAUCCUCCUGCGGGUCUUUCUGAACAUCAUUGUGCUGGUUCUUCUGGGAAGCGCAUUCGCUCUGAUCUUUUACAGCAUCGUUCUUUCAGUUGUGUUUCCUAAUGAUUGUCUCUCUUGUCACUAUAAGGUUCUUAACUGGUCUCUGAUGUUGGAGUAUCUUCCUCCAAUCACAAUGGCGACGAUAAACUACAUAUUGCCGCACAUCUUCAGUAAAGUCUCAGAGUUUGAAGAUUAUUCACUCACCAUCCAGCUCAACCUCACCCUGAUCAGGAGUAUUUUCCUGAAGUUGGCGUCUUUGGGCAUCUAUCUGUUCUUCCUCCUCAUAAGAUCUCCAACCGAACACCAGAUUUGCAGAGAACCCUGCGGAGAGAACGCGUUCGGGAAGGAGAUGUACAAACUCACCGUCUUCAACUUCCUGGAGUGUUUCUUCAAUGCGUUUUUUGUGGCUUACCCAAGAACCUUCUUGGUGGAGAGGUUUCCAUCCUCGUCGCUAGCGCGGUUACUAGGCAAGAAGCAAUUUGAGAUUCCCUUCAACGUGCUGGACCUGGUGAACAGCCAGACGGUCACAUGGGUGGGUGUGUUUUACUGCCCCCUGCUGCCGGCCAUCAGCGCUGUCAGGCUGAUGGUCCUCUUCUACCUCAAGAAGUUCACAGUGGAGCGCUGUUGUGUUCCGGCUCAGAGAAUGUUCCGGACCGCCAGUUCUUCUGUUCUCUUCCACUUCAUGCUGUUGUUGGGUCUCUUAAUGUCUGUGGUCACAUUAGUGGUCAACAUCAACAGGUUUCAUCGGGGAUGCUGCGGCCCGUUUAAAGACAGAACUGUGUUUAAUGUGACGAGUGUGUGUAUAAAGACGCUGCCCAAUGAGGUCCAGAACACCAUCAGCUACAUCUCAUCAGAGGCCUUCGCAUUCGCUCUCAUUCUGGCUGAGGUUGUGAUCCUGACGUCGUAUGUGUCCCGCCGGCGAGCGAACCGUAAAGCCAUCGAGAGACUGAAGGACAUGCUGGUGAUGUGCAGCUCUGAUAAACGGUUCUUGGUGAAACAGCACUCGACCAUCUCGCGGCGACAGCUACGCACACGCUAACACGACACCCG